UCGAGCACCAAGCUAGCUCCAAGCAAUGGCUGCCUUCCAGCUUCCUCUCGCGAUCCUCGUGUCCCUCCUGGCCGUCGGCGCCACUGCCAACAACGGCUACACAACACCAUCACCGCCGCCGCCGCAGCAGCAGUACACCCCGCCGCCGCCGGCCCACAGUGACAAGUUGCUGGUGAGGGUGGAGGGCAUGGUGUACUGCCAGAGCUGCGCGUACCGGAACACGCAUAGCCUCAACGGCGCGAUGCCGCUGCCCAAGGCGGAGGUGUCCGUUACCUGCCACGACGUCAAGAAUCAUGUCAUGGAGUGCAAGCGGGCCAUCGCCGACGAGAGCGGCUACUUCCAGACGGAGCUCGGCGUGACCAAAGUCUCUGACUUCUUCAUGGGCGAUCCGAGCAAGGCAUGCCACGUGCGACUUCAGGCGUCGCCGGAGUUCAAGUGCAACAACCCCACAAACAUCAAUUACUCCAGCAUCGAGGGCGCGUCGCUCCGUGAUGAGGGCAAACGGUGGACUGGCGAGGGCUACGAUAACGUCAUGUAUGCCGCUGGCCCGCUCGCCUUCCGGCCAGCGAUCUGCCCUCCCAAGCAUUAAGAGGCGCCCCGUGCAUGUGCCUACGUCUGUGGCGUUUACACGUGCGCUUUUCGUUAAUAUGGGAGGCACUGAAUUCUCAAUUUGGAUUGUGGAUAAUGUUUCUUUUGUGUUUCUGUUUUAAUUAUUGUUGCUCUUGUGUGAUAUUUGUGGUAAAUUUGUUCUGAUUUUAUUA